AUGGACAAGAAUGUGCUUUAUGUUACUACCGGACGCCUAGAGUGCGCGGUGACACUAAUGCAACCUACUGACAGAACCCACUGUGGCGGACUACCCACUUUCCGUCCUAGCGGAAAGUACUGGCGCCGAUGGGCAAGUAAGGUCGGCUACAAUAAUAUGUUGACUCUUAGGUCCAGAAAGCUUCGGUUAACUAUAUACCUGCGACAUGACGGCUUCUGUAGCAGAUGGGUUUGUCAUGGAGAUACCGGAAAUCGCGGACUUAAUGCUCGUCUAUCGGGUGCAACAUUCCUUCUUUUUUUAAAUGGUUACGUCAGUAAUACUCGGCUACGCGCCGUGAAGUUAGCAUGCGGAGUUAAAAUCCGUCGGCCAUUCUAUUGGCUAUUAAUUACUUGGCUCUGUGGGACCAAAGCUAAAAAAACCCCGAAGUCCGAUGCUGUCGGAAUUAGCCCUUACCCGGUUUAUGCUCAAGCUAACCUUCAGUCGCUUCACUACGAUCGCAAACAGCAAAACACACAUGCUGAACGAAUGUCCAUGUUGACUGAGAAUACUCGGAUGCACGACACUAGUAACGUAGAGGAAAGCAGUAGAACACGAGGACGUAAAACGGUCAAUUGA